CCGGGCAUGCCGGCUGGGACAAUCACAACAGCUCUCAGACUCACAUCCACAGGCACGCUUUCUUUUUCUGUUUCGUCUCCUGUCAUCUCUCACAAGAUGUAUUUCUUGAGUUAAAUGGCAAAACUCCAAAAGCACACACACACACACACACACACACAUGCAAAUAAUGUGCCACACAUGAAUGAACCAAGGGAGAACACUGGCAGACAGACAGAGACAUCUCUUCUGCGGAACUAGAUGCUCUCUGGAGGGAACCUGCAUAUACGCUAGGAGGAACCAGUGAACACUUUUUAGGAAAUGACAUCAUGACUCAAGGUCCUGGUGAGGAGGAUGGCCCGUUGGCGGAAUCGGGGGAUGGAGAGGUGGAGCCAGACAGUUACUGGAAGAAGAAAGAAGCUUUCCUUAAAGGAAUCACAGUGUCACUGGGCGAGAAAUUCUCCUCAGAAAUCGUGCUGGUGUUCAAAGGGCAGCGGCGGUCCAGUGCACAACCUGACCGGAUCCUACAGGAGUCGCUGCGCACGCAACUCAGAGUGGUGGAAAGUAACAGCAAGGAUGUCACCCAGCUGUUUAAAGAUCUGUCUGCACGUCUGGUAUCUGUCCAUGCUGAGAAGGAUAGCUUUGUCCUUACAUUCAAAACUGUGGAGGAAAUCUGGAAGUUUUCAACUUACCUUGCACUAGGGUAUGUGGCUCGCUGUUUGGAGAAUUUCCUGUGUGAUCAGUCAUUUUGGCUGGACCCUGAGCUGCUGUCGGACUUGGAGAUAAACGUUUCUGUCGAUGAGGAGCAUCUGGCCACCCUAUAUCUGGAACUUUUACUGCAGGAGGGAUCUUUAUUUGCAAAGGCCCUACACACAAGAAGUGACCACGAUGAGGAUGAUGAAGAACAGUUGCCAUUCAAAAAGAAUGACUUGCUGAUGGUGAGGGACACGGGGCAGGAAGACAUGUGGGAGGGAACAAUCCUUUCCACAGGGCGUCACGGCCUGGUGCCCCUCAAUGCCAUGCAGCCGCUGCCAUAUCCAUUCUAUCAGUGGUUCCUGAGGAAGUACACAGGUUAUGCUGGAUGCUCGCCAACAGAAAAAGGACCUUUUGAACAUCCUAUUGCUACCGGCUCAUGUGUAGCUGUAGUUGACUACAGUCCAUUGAAACAUGAUGAACUACCCCUAAGUCAGGGUGAUGUUGUGGAGAUCCAGGGUUUGCUUGUCCGAGGUCUGGGUGUGUUCGUCGGAACACAUACCUCCACGGGACACACUGGUUUUGUCCACAAAUCCCACGUCAAGCCUUUGGAUACCUCACCACUCGAAGGAUGUCUGGUGUUUCUGACAGAGGAGGAGAGAGCCAGCCUGGCCCAGGUUAACCCCUGCAGCUCUGAGUCAAGUGAUGGGAGCAUUUUGGAAAGACUCUUCUCAUCUGACAUCAGCUCUGUUUACAGGCUAGACAGACUGGAUGAGUCCGAUUUCAUGUACAUCAGGAAUCAGCUGAAAAACGCAGCUGAUAAGAUUCCUGUAAGCGCACGUCAAAGCGUCAUGUCUGACAGAAGUGGAGAGACGCCACCCCACCACUCCUCCCCCCGCCCCUCUCUCUCUCACUCUUCUCCCCGCAUGUCAGUCUGUCACUCCCACAAUCCUCUGCCUCGGGUGGGGGAAUGUCUGUCCUUCACCUUAGAUGACACAUUCAGACAACUAGACGAGUUCCAGGAAGACCCACCUCUCUUCUUGGAGGAAAACAGCUGGGAAGGGGAGGAAUCGGAGUUCAGCGACCCCACACUGACCCUGCUCAACUGUGAUCACUUUCAGGAGGACUUCUUGCCCCUGUAUGACCUGCAGCAUUCUUUCCUCUGGGUGACCUUCAGUGGUCGAACUGAGGAUGAGCUGUUAACACACCUGGAGAAUGUUCGAGAGUUCUCCAAGAGGAUGGCCAUGCACUGGGCACACCGGCGGGCAUGUUUUCUCCUGGGAAGACUCUGUGCAAGAAAGUUAAAGUUUUCCCAGGCACGUGUUUACUAUGAGGAGGCACUGACUGUUGGUGUGGACAGUUUUGCCGACACGCCCCUCCUCAUCGCUCUCUUCACCAACCUCACAGCUGUUUACCUGAAGCAGCGUAUGACGGACAAGCUGCCCCUGACCCUGGAGAAGGCCAGUGCUCUCCUCCUCUGUCUCCCCAACCACACAUUCGCUUCCACAGAUGAGGUUGAACUACUCAAGCUGCUCCUGAGGAGAUCCAUGGUAAUAGGAGACAAACACCUCGAGGCUCGUGUCUGCUACCUCAUUUCCAGUCUUUUUCUGCUCCGUAAGAAGACCGAUGAUGCCCUUCCCUUUGUGGAAAGACUCCAGUUUCUUUCAGUGUCUCUUUCUAAUGCUGAGGGGCGAGUUUUUCCUUUGGACCUCAACUGGCACUUGAGCUGUCUUUAUCACCGCAAGUACAUGCCUUACCUGGCUCUAGCCUCUCUGAGUCUGGACUCACGACUCGACCACUCCCUCCAGAAUGCCUUUCAGGGGAUUGAGCUCUUCAUUAGGAACUCUGUCCGUCUGAACCCAAGGUGGAAGGAAGGAACCUUCUUGCUCCCUGCACAGGUUGUGGUUUACCUUCAGCAAGCCCUGGCAAUUGCUGAACGUGGUGAUGACCUGAAGACCCAGAGGGACUUGUGCGUGGGCCUGGCUACAGUCUUUCAGCAGUAUGGUGCUUUUGAUAAAGCAGUUCACUGUGCUCAGCAGGCUGUGGAAACAGGGGGAUACAUCAGUGAGGAGGAGGGCUUUGAGGCCUCUGUACUGCUCAGCUGGUUACUGGUGCUGACGGGUGAAACUGAGAAGGCCAAGAGUACCCUACAACCACUGCUCACAUCACUCCAGGGCACAGACAGUCCCACACAAAGAGGAGUGAUCCACAACCUUUUGGCGUUGUGUCUGAGGCAGCAAGGUCUCACCGUAGAGGCAGGCUGGCAUCUCCACUGUGCUUUGUUAAUCUCCAGGGAAAGUGGUAACCAGAGGAACCAGGCUCUGGCACUGGCCAACCUGGGCUGUCUUGCAUUAGCCGUUGGUGCAUCUUUGGUUGCAGAACGCUUCCUGGUCAGAUCAUUGCACCUUUUUCUGGAUCUUUGGGAAAGUCCCACAGAUGAGGAGCAUGUUCAGACCUACCUCUGGCUGGGACAGAGCUACAAAGACAGGGGGCAGAAUCAGGACAUCAGGGCAUGUUAUGAAAUGGGGUUACUGAUUGCGUUACAUGCCAGAAACCUACACAGUCAGAUGGUGGUGGCCAAGGUGCUGAGCUGCCUGUAUGCUGAAAUGCUGUUAUAUGAACAGAGUAUUGUUUACUAUGAGCACUGCGUGUCAGUAUCUAGAGAACUAAAAGACAAAAGACUGGAGGGAGAGUAUCUGGAAAUUCUCAGCAACAUAUACCUUUCACUCAACACUGAAAAAUCAUCUCGUCGGUCUCUGGACUACACUAAGCAGAGUUUGCGGAUUUCCAUUGACUUGGGAAAGAGAGAGGAGGAGUCAGAGACUUGGUUACAGGUUGGACGCAUCUAUUAUGUAAUCUAUGAGGAUGAACUGGCUGACAUGUACCUGCAGGCGGCUGUGAAGACAGCUUUGAGAAUGAAUGACCCUCACUUUGCCAUGAGUAUCUACGAAGAGGCAGGAGAUGUCUACUUCAAAGGCAAUAGGAACCGAAUGAACUCACUGCCAUUCUUUAGGGAUGGUGGUCUGCCAUUUGCAAGGAGCAUCAACGACGUCCAUUCGGAGUUCCGCUUGCUGAGUAAACUAACAGAACUAUUCACAAAGCAUGGUGAUCAGGAGGAAGCUCUACAAUAUGCAAAACUCGCUGUUCAAAUCGGCAGCAAAACAGGUGUCUCUAUGAAUGAGAGGACAGCCUACCACCGACUGGCCACAGUCUACUACAGCCUGCAGCAAUAUGAGCUGGCAGAAAACUACUACCUCAAAUCCCUGUCUCUCUGUCCACCUGUCCUGCAGCACCCCCUGGAGGCUCGGUACUACAAUAAAGUCUAUUGCAGACUGGGCAAUUUGACUCUACACAAGUUGAAGGACCCAUUUGAUGCAAUGGGCUAUUUUCAGUUAGCUCUUGCCGCUGCCCUGGAGGACCAAACUAACCCUGAGGCUCUGUACGUGGUGUACAUGAAGCUGGCAGAGAUCCAUGGCAACCACAUGCCUGAUGCUCAGCUGUGCCAAGAAUACACUGAGAAUGCCCGAAGCCUAAAGAAGGUUCUGGCUGGGGAGAAAGUCACUGAUGUGAAAGGAGAGCACAUGCACUGUGCAGACACAGAAACUGGUCAAACAAAGGGCAAGAUCUCUGAUGAUGUGGAACAUAUUUGUCACGCUGUAACAGAUGCAGUGAUGAGAAAUGACAUUUGUCCUGCUACAAACAAAGAUAAGAACUGUGUAAGAACAGAUAUGAUCCAUAAUACUGACAAUGCUGAGAGAAUUCACCUUCCUGAUACAGACAGCCCUCGUGCUGAUCCCUCUGGGUUUGAAAUCAUCGCCACUAACUCGUACAGUGACAGCAUUAUCACAGAGUCCUUCGACACAGCGAAGGAGGAGAUCACAGACUCCAGCAGCUCCACGGACACUUUACAAACGUUCCAGAAUCAAACAGACGGAACAGACUGGAUCCCAGGUCACUCAGAUUUUGACAAUGACCUCGCUGUGCAUGAUCAAACAACUGAUAAUCACACUUUUGACACCACAAGGCACGAGGGAACCCAAAGCACAAAGUGUGAUAAUCAGAAGGACCCAAACACAACAGCACCAGAUAUGCACCAGACUAAUUCCGUUAACCCUGAGGUCAGCCUGGAGAACAAUCAAUGUAUUAUUUACCAAACAGAAACUGUUGAUACAGCUCUAAAUGUGGACAGAUAUGACAUGGAGAAAGAUAAAUGAUGUCUGCACAUUGUCUCACUAUUGCACUUUAUGCCCUUAAAUUCCAUUUCUAUCCUGUGGUCACACGGUUGUUGACCAGACUUUCCAUGGCACAUACAAUAUUGUAAUAAAGAAUGUCUGCACACUUUU